GAUCUCUGCUCGGGUCGAACCGAGUUUGACACAUCUGAGAUUUGCUCGACGAGUGGCCGACUCGGACUGCCAAAGAGAACGAGUUACUCUCGAACCGAGUUGAGCAUAAACCCAAAACCACGAAGGCCAGUCCCUCAGCGAACAAAGAAGAACGGUGGAGUCAUUUCCUCCUUCUUCUUCCUCUUCUUUUUACCGAAGAUGGCUUGCUUAAAACGUACAAAAGACUCCAUCAAGUACAUUUUUGGUACAUUUGGCACUUUGAGAAAGAGCAGAAAUAAUUAUUCUUCAUGGACACAUAAUAUUCAACAAAUAGCUGGAGUUACAGAGGGACAUAGCAGUUCUCCUAUACUUCAUGGCCGUGUUCACCGAGGUCCUUGCAAUCUUAUGCUGGUCAGAACGUUCUCUGUUGAAACGUCUCCUUCAGAACAGAUGAACCUUAUAAAGCAGCUGAGGGAGAGCACAAGUGCUCCCAUAAAGGAUGUGAAAGCAGCUCUUGUUGAUUGUAGCUGGGACAUCGAUGCUGCACAGAAAGAGUUAAGAAAGAGAGGGGUAUAUCUAGCUUCAAAGAAAUCUUUGCGAACUGCAGCAGAAGGUUUAAUUGCAUUAGCUCAAAAUGACAAAACGGCUGCUGUAAUUGAACUGAACUGCGAGACAGAUUUUGUUGCAAGGAAUGACAUAUUUCAGUAUUUAGCCUUAGCUUUGGCAAAGAAAGCUUUGUCAAUUGAAAGUUCUCAUCAAGCCCUUUCAUCUCUUCCUCUGAACCUGGAAAGCUUUGAGGAUAUGAAUAUCAUUCUAGAUCAUCCUAAACUAAAAGGUGAAACAACAGUACAGAGUGCAAUAACUGAAGUGGCUGCUAUGGUUGGUGAGAAUGUGAAGUUUGGAAGAGGAUUGUCCUUGUCAGUUUCAUCACAUGGUGUUGUUUCAUCAUAUUUACAUACAAGUCCUAAACCAGGUUUGGGUCGAAUUGCAGGAUUAUUGACGCUAGAAGUAGAAAAUGAUGCAGUUCAACCAGAUGCACUUCAUAGGGUUGGUUCUACAUUAGCAAUGCAUAUUGUGGCGGCAAAACCAUUGUUCUUAUCGAAGGAUAUGGUUUCUUCAGAAGCACUAGAGAGUGAAAAGGACAUUCUCAAGUCACAGGCAAAAAGUACUGGAAAAUCUGAAAUUGCUGUAGAGAAAAUGGUGGAAGGUCGUUUGAAGAAGUACUUGCAGGAUGUUGUGUUGUUGGAACAAAAGUUCGUUAUGAAUGAUAGCGUUAAUGUAAAGUCCUUGCUGGAUGAUCUGUCAAAGGAAGUGGGUGCACAGGUGACUAUUGGUAAAUUUUUAAGAAUGGAGGUCGGAGAAGCAACUCAAAGGGUAGAGGCAUCUUCUGAAGCUGCUUAAAGGCAUCUUUCAUUGGUCCAAGAAUACAACCUGGAUGGUGACCGACCCAUUUGAUUUGACUGAUAGAGUGUAGUUAUGGUCCCAGAACUGGAAGGUUCAGCCGGGCUCUGUGAAUCGGAAUCUUUCUUGAUGUUUGGAAGUAGACCCAUCAUGCAUUCUUGGCUUGGUUUUUCAAUUGAAAUUUUGUCUGACACUAACUAGAUGAGGUAAUAUUCUCAAGAAAAGGAGCAUUUUUUUGUUCCUUCUCACAUUUUCGGAAGGUGAAAGCGAGACUGAACUACAAAGGAGAAUUGUAUUUUAUAUAUUCCUGGAGAAUUUAUCAAGUUUGAUUAUAAUAAAAGCAAUUUUCAUGUUA